ACCUCCUCAAUACUCAUUGAUGACAUUUUUUUCAAUAAGUGUUAUGAAAAGUAUCUGAAAUCAACCCUCUGUGAUCUGUCGUUAAAUUUUUAACAAUUAACUAUCGCAAUACUAAAAUGAACCAAAAAUGUACUUAUUUUCUGCUAGUUCUCUAAAAGCUACCAAUUGUUAUUUUUAAUGUUACUAGACUAAUAUUAUAACAAAUAAAAAUGAAAAAGCUAUUUUCUAAAAUUGACAAUUCCAAAGACCCCAACUGUUUUGUCGGUAAACAGUUUACAGUUGGUCGAAUGUCUGUGAUAGUCGAGGAUGUAAUUGCUGAAGGUGGUUUUGCUGUUGUUUUUCUUGUAAAAAACAAUAACAAGAAGUAUGCAUUGAAACGUUUGUUUGUUAAUGAUGAAAUAGAUCUAGGAGUGGCUAAAAAAGAAAUACAAAUAGCUAGUAAUUUAAAUGGCCACAAAAACAUUGUCGGAUUUAUUGAUUCUAACAUAAUACGCCAUGGAAAUGGAGUUCAUGAAGUUCUUAUGUUAAUGCCUUACUGUCAAUCUAAUGUUUUGACUCUUAUGAAUAGCAGAUUACAAACUGGCAUUACUGAAAAUGAAAUUCUUAAAAUAUUUUGCAAUAUUUGUGAAGCAGUUAGCCGUUUACAUCAUUCUCAAACACCAAUAAUACAUAGAGAUUUAAAAAUAGAAAAUAUUUUGAUUAGUGAAAAUGGUCAAUAUUUAUUAUGCGACUUUGGUUCAGCAACAGCUCGACAGCUUGAUCCAGCGGUUCAAGGAGUACAUGCUGUUGAAGAAGAAAUUAAUAAAUACACUACAAUUUCCUACAGAUCGCCAGAAAUGGUAGACUUAUACAGCAACAAAGUGAUUACCACAAAGUCAGAUAUUUGGGCUUUAGGUUGUUUGUUGUACAAAUUAUGUUAUUUUACUUUACCAUUUGGAGAAAGUGCAUUAAAAAUUCAAAGUGGUCAGUUUAAUAUACCAGAUACACCUGAAUAUUCAAUCAAGUUACGAACAUUAAUAAAGUAUAUGUUAGAAUUGGAACCAGAUAAACGACCGGAUAUUUAUCAAGUAUCAUACAUUGCUUUUAAAUUAGCUGGAAAGGAUUGUCCUAUUCAAAAUUUAAACAAUGUUCCCACUCCAAAUAUUGAAGAAUUAGUUUUUACACUAAAUGAAAAACGAGUUCCUCAGACACCAAAAUUGUCUGUUAAACAAAAUUACCAAACGCCUAUUAUUGUUGAAGGCACCAGUGUAAAUCCUCGGCAAAGACCAAAGCCUUUAAGUUCGGGAAUACCACCUCCUUUGGGAUCUUCUCCUACAUUUAAAAGGACAUUUCAAGCUCCAGUUGGAGUGUUUACAAAUUCUAAUUCUCCAGAUGUGUCACAUCAAAAUAAAAUACCACAACAUCCAUUACCUGGUGAGAUAGGAAUCCAGACAGUAUUCCCAGUAAAAGAUUAUGCUGAUCCCUUUGUUGAAACUAGCAAGGAAGCGACGUCAAUCACACAUUCCACAAAUGCAACUAUUACAUCAUCUCCUUCAUUGACAUCAUUAUCCAAACAUAAACGAAAUAUAAGUGAUACGUCUGCAUUAAAAAAAAAUUUUGUAAAUGAAAAUAAUUAUUUUUUGUCAUCAUAUGAAAAAUCUUCUCAAGACUCCUCAAAUUUUUCAAAAUCGAAUAUAGAGAUUGUUAAUAAAGUAAGUACAAACAAAUCUUGGAAUCCAUUUGAAGAAACCGAUACAUCUUAUUUUAAAAAGGUGGUUCCUGAAGAAAAAAUAUUUAGUUCUUCUUUUCCUCGAGACUGUAAUAGUGAUGAUGAAAGUAAAUCAUCAGAAACUACUUUGAGGUUGAAUAAAAUUAAUGAAGAUCCUUUUAGUUCUGCUCCGUUUCCUUAUAAAAGUGAUCAAUUGGAAAAUAGUACAGUGAGAAAAUUGUCUUUAAAUGGUAAUGAAAUUAAGAAAAAUGCGGAGAAAUGGAAAACAUAUUUCAUUGAACACAACUUAAAACUAGAUAGGUUAAUAUUAAAUAAUGAACCAGACACUGAUGAAGUUGCUGUUGGUUUAGUAACAACUACCCGAAGUGAUGAUGAACUAGAAUCAAAUGAAUGUUCCUCAACGCCUUUCGUAAAAAUUCCAUUGGAAGACCGUUCCAAGUAUGAAAAGUUAGCUUGUAAUACAGAUGAUGUUUCUUCAGAUGACAGUCAAGUAGUGCAUGGAGAAGUCCGAAAGAAAUCCUUAAAACGUAGAAAAAUUCCAGAAUUUAAGACACCUGGUCGUUUUCGCAAAGACAAAAAAAAUAAAAAUCAUCAGAACGAGUAUGACCAGUCUGAUGACGAUUCUAUUGGAUCUGCCAGUGAUCUACAGACUCGUAAUGAUGAAGAAGAGACUAAUAAAAACAUUCCUGAAACUAUGACGAUAAAAGACAGUGUGUUAACAUGUGGAUCAUCAGCUUACCAUGCAGAAUGUGAAAGUAUGGCUAGAGACGAUAUCCCACCUCCUAAUGCCCCGGGUGCCACUAGGCUCAGAGAUCCUAUACCCAUUAAAAACCUAGAUGCUGAAAGACCAUUAAUUUCUGAUAACGAAGGAGAUGAAUUUGAAAUUUUAGGAAACACUACUGAUGUUUUUGCGAAGGCACCAUUUCCCAAAGCAAAAAAAAAAUGCCCUGAUGGUGAUUCAGACUUGUUUGGUUCUGUACCAUUUAAAACUACAACAAAUCCGUUUGAACAAACUGAUUUUUCUGAUAGUGCAUACUUCCAAAAUAACAAUCCAGGAGAAAUUGCUGGCAGAUUGGAACCAAAAGAAGCUAUAUUAGUAGACUUGGAACCACAAGAUUCUAUUUACAUGAAGAUAAUCCCUAAAAAAGUUUCUCAAGUAGUAACUAACAAUAUAGUUUCUACUCUGUCUACAAAUAGUGGAUUUAGUAACAUGAGUUUUGAAGAUUAUUCAAGUAGCGAUGCAGAAGAAUCUCAGGCUCCAGUUUAUUCACCAUUCGAAGUAGUUCGACCUACAGAAUGUGAUAUAAAAAGAUCUUCGUUGAAAAGACGUAGUAAUCCAUUUACGUAAACCAAUCCAAUAAUUGAUAUUUCAUUAAUUUGCAUACAGCAAAAAUGAAUAUCACUAUAACAUGUUAGAAAAUCGCUUGUGAUUUGAAUACUUUGGCUUCUUUGCCAAUGGAGCAUAGUAAAAUAUUAUUUAUUUGCACAUGUACCUACUAUUUUUGAAAAAAUGUAUUAAUUUGUUUUGUGAUUUUUAGUUAUGUUAUUAGGUGAUAGAUUUAACACCUAAGAUAAGUAUUAUUGAGCCUAAAUUAACUGGUACAAAUCAGUCUUAUUUAAAUUGUUAAACUUUAUUAUUGUUUGUUUGAUCUUUCUUUCAAUCCUAUAUUGUUAUUUAGUUUCUUAUAGUCAUUAUUAUAUUUUUAAUUAUUGUCAAUUACAAGUUAUGGUCAAACAAUACGUUCAAUUAGUCCUAAAUAUAUAUCGUAUAAAAGCCCAAUAGUGUUAUAAAGAUGUAUUUAUCUUGUAUAAAUAUAUUUACAUUUAUAUAAAAUACAGAAGUAUAAACAUUAAAUACAGUAUUAUUGUAGGCAGCUUUUUGGAUAAUAAAAACAGGUG